AUGGCGCUAGAAAUCUUUGAGUUGGAUACUUGUGAAGAGAGCCCUAGCAGGAAAAAUGAGACAAAGGGUUGGACCAAAGACGGUGAUCAGGAUUAUUAUCCUCCUCCCUGCGUUGUUCGGGCAACUCCCAAUAUGGCGGCACAGAUUGGCAAGCCUAUGACUAUUGAACGCAAUGACAUGCUACACCUAGCUCAACAGGGGGAUCUUGUUUGGAUAUUUAAGAUACUUGGGCAUGUUGUCAAGCAUAUUGAUGCCGAUGGAUUCGAUGCCGCCAUUAUGCUUGCCGGGUCAUCAAUGGCUCUUCUGUCUGUUGCGUUGGAUGGACUACUCGAUGGCAGUGUCAAGAAGGGCCGUAAAAGAGCUGAUGCCCUGGAUCUGGCUGCCCAUGCGACGCUGGGUAUGGCGGAAAUGUUUCGCACUGGAGUGCAGCUUGCUGACUUCCAAGAGUGUUUCGUCACGGGAGGUUCGACUAUCACGGGGUUGACCACUGUUGAGAGUGCUGGCGUGAGGGGAGCUUUUGCUCGGGGUACGAUUGAUGGGACUGAGGCGUUGCGGGAAUGA